AUGGGCGAGGAUGAUAGCGAUGCGCGUAUGAAGAAACUUGAAAAAUCUGUACGGUUUCGUCUUGAGUCGGCCGUCUUUAUCAUUACCGAGAAUGAAGCAAAAGGAAGAUUUGAACACUUGGUCGCUGCUGUCAGGCUAAAACAGGCCGGAGAACGUGUGGUAUCUCAGAUAUGUGCAGUAGACACGGAUGGAAGUUGCUUCAUGAACACUAUUAUGAAGAAAGAUAUGGCCGAGACACCUAGUUUGCGGCUCGACAAAAGCAACCAGCAAUCACUGAAACGAGCUGCUCUGAAACUCCUGUAUCUGGCGCAAGAGAAGAUGACUAUUAUCGGUUACAAAAUUGACGAGCUGUUUCAGAUGUUGAAUAUCCACGUGCCGGAGGCGCAAGUGAAGGAUGUUUUAUCGCUUUAUCGUUCACUUUUCAAGCGCUCACUUUCCUUGAAUGCUUUGGCACAGCAUUUCUUUGGUGAGGGUGAGUCAGUUGACGAAAAGCGAGCCGAUCCAGUCAAUCUUGCUCGCUUGUCGACACGACUCUACGCAAAAUUCAUUGAGCUGAAAGAGGCCGAUGAAACGGAUCUGAACAUAACUGCGCUAGCUCAAGAGAUGGAGAAAAAUAUUUCAUAA